GCUCCGCUGGGAGCCGGUCGAGCCGCGGGUGCCCAGGUCUCGGCGGUCAGGAGGAUGGCCAAGGUCUCAGAGCUAGAAGACGCCUUCCUGCAGGCGCAGGCUUCUCCCCAAGUUUCCCCCGAAGUCCAGGAGGAGUGUUGUGUGCAUCUCCUGAGCAAGGGUUUGCUUGUUUACCCGGAAGAAAGGGUGUACCUGGCGGCCGAAGCGCAACCUCAGGGCGCCCUGGGCAGCGGGGAGAAAGGUGACGACCCGGAGUUGCCCGUGGGGGUUAAAUCAGAAAUGCAUUUAAGCAACGGUAACUUUUCCUCUGAAGAAGAGGAUGCGGACAAUCACGAGAGCAAAACCAAAGCAGCGGAUUCACAGCUCUCUCAGAAGAAAACCAUCACCCAGAUUAUGAAGGAUAAAAAGAAGCAGACUCAGCUUACCCUGCAGUGGCUUGAAGAGAAUUACAUUGUAUGUGAAGGAGUUUGCUUACCACGGUGUAUCCUUUAUGCACACUAUUUAGAUUUCUGCAGGAAAGAGAAAUUGGAGCCAGCCUGUGCGGCCACCUUUGGAAAGACAAUUCGUCAAAAAUUUCCCCUCUUGACCACUCGGCGGCUUGGAACAAGAGGCCAUUCAAAGUAUCACUAUUAUGGGAUCGGCAUCAAAGAGAGCAGCGCAUAUUACCAUUCUGUUUAUUCUGGAAAAGGCCUGACAAGGUUUUCUGGAAGCAAGCUGAAGAAUGAGGGUGGCUUCACUCGUAAAUAUUCGCUUAGCUCAAAAACUGGAACACUUCUUCCAGAAUUCCCCAGUGCUCAACACCUUGUGUACCAAGGAUGCAUUUCUAAAGACAAGGUUGACACCCUGAUAAUGAUGUACAAAACUCACUGCCAGUGCAUCCUGGACAAUGCAAUAAAUGGAAACUUUGAGGAGAUCCAGCAUUUCUUACUACACUUUUGGCAAGGAAUGCCUGAUCAUCUUCUUCCCCUGCUUGAAAACCCUGUUAUCAUUGACAUUUUCUGUGUUUGUGAUUCAAUUCUGUAUAAGGUUCUUACAGAUGUACUCAUUCCUGCAACAAUGCAAGAAAUGCCUGAAAGUUUAUUAGCAGACAUAAGAAAUUUUGCUAAAAAUUGGGAGCAGUGGGUUGUUUCAUCUUUGGAAAAUUUGCCAGAAGCUCUGACUGAUAAGAAAAUACCUAUUGUACGAAGAUUUGUAUCAUCUCUGAAACGACAAACAUCUUUCUUACAUCUUGCACAGAUCGCCAGACCAGCUCUCUUUGACCAGCAUGUCGUGAAUUCUAUGGUAUCUGAUAUUGAGAAAGUUGACUUGAACAGUAUUGGAUCUCAGGCCCUUCUCACCAUUUCAGGCAGCACAGACACUGACUCUGAUAUCUACACCGAAUAUGACUCUAUCACUGUGUUCCAAGAACUGAAAGAUCUGCUUAAGAAGAAUGCCACUGUGGAGGCUUUUAUCGAAUGGUUGGAUACUGUGGUAGAACAGAGAGUUAUUAAGACCAGCAAACAGAAUGGAAGAUCGUUAAAAAAGAGGGCUCAAGACUUUCUGCUGAAGUGGAGCUUUUUUGGUGCUCGAGUAAUGCAUAAUCUCACCUUGAACAAUGCAUCCAGUUUUGGUUCCUUCCAUUUGAUCCGAAUGCUUCUUGAUGAAUACAUUCUGCUGGCCAUGGAGACCCAAUUUAAUAAUGACAAAGAGCAGGAGUUACAGAAUUUAUUGGACAAGUAUAUGAAGAAUUCAGAUGCAAGUAAAGCUGCCUUCACUGCUUCUCCAAGUUCAUGCUUUCUGGCCAACCGUAAUAAAGGGAGCACUGUUCCCAGUGAUGCUGUGAAGAAUGAAAGCCAUGUAGAAACAACUUAUCUCCCUCUGUCAUCCAGUCAACCUGGAGGCUUAACUUCUUCACUGCACCCAUUCCCUUCUGGGAAUACAGACAAUAUGCCACUCACAGGUCAAAUGGAGCUUUCGCAGAGCUCUGGUCAUCUGAUGACACCACCCAUUUCUCCAGCCAUGGCAAGCCGAGGAAGCGUCAUUAACCAGGGACCGAUGGCAGGGAGACCGCCAAGUGUGGGUCCAGUGCUGUCAGCCCCCUCACACUGCUCAGCGUACUCCGAGCCUAUUUAUCCUGCUCUCCCUCAAGCCAAUCAUGACUUCUAUGGGACCAACUCUAACUAUCAGACAGUGUUUAGAGCACAGCCACACCCCGCAUCGGGACUCUAUCCUCAUCGCCCCGAGCAUGGUCGAUGCAUGGCCUGGAGUGAACAGCAGCUUUCUAGAGACUUCUUUGGUGGCAGCUGCACGGGGUCCCCAUAUAGCUCUCGACCACCUUCCGGCUAUGGACCAUCCCCACAUGGCCAAGAUUCCCACAGUAUGCAGUUUUUAAAUACAGGAAGCUUCAACUUCCUGAGCAGUGCAGGGGCUGCCAGCUGCCAAGGAGCAACAUUGCCUCCUAAUUCACCUAAUGGGUACUAUGGAAGCAAUAUGAACUACCCAGAGUCUCACAGACUUGGAUCGAUGGUGAAUCAACAUGUCUCUGUCAUCAGCAGUGUUCGCUCGCUGCCCCCCUACAGUGACAUCCACGAUCCCCUUAACAUUUUAGACGACAGCACUAGAAAACAGACCAGCUCGUUUUACACAGACACCUCUCCUUCAGUUGCAUGUCGAACUCCAGUAGUAGCUUCAAGCUUGCAAACCCCAAUUCCUUCCUCCUCCUCCCAGUGUAUGUAUGGAACUUCAAAUCAGUAUCCAGCUCAAGAAAGUCUGGACUCCCAUGGAGCAAGUGGUAGAGAAAUGGUACCCUCUCUACCACCCAUCAACACUGUGUUCAUGGGAACAGCAGCUGGAGGCAUUUAAACCAACAACCCCGGAUGGGGCUUGAAACUUUAGAAAUCUCGACUCCUCAAAUCCUAUCCACUCACACUGCUGUUGGAGAGAGAAAAUGGAAUAUCCAGAGGCAGGAUAUUGUUUUUCAGGUCGCUGUACAAAGUUAUGGACAACCCCAUAGUGAAUGGAAAUACAUGCAGAGUGUGCCUUGCACACAAACUAUUUUGAAUGUGUCUCAUUAUUAGCCAUAGUUUCAAACAUUAUCAAAUGGAACCAGUGAAGCUUUGAAGAUGCAGACAUUUAAACUACGAAGUUUAAUAUUUCACCACUUAACUUAUUGAAAAUCUCUGUGCUGUUUCAUUGUUGGUUUCCAAAAAAAGAAAGAAAUGUUUAUUUAAUGCCUUUAAAAUGCCUUUAAUUUAUUAGGAUCUCAGAAUCAUUGUUUACUAUCCCUUAUUUGACAAAAAGUCAAAUGUGUAUGGUCUACCUCCUAUGGAAAUGUUUACAAGGUCAAGACUUAAUUCAAUUCAGCCUAGACCAAAGUUUCUUAACCUUCAAUUUCUGUGCAUUAGUAUGAUGAUUUCUGUUACAUAGCAGUAUCCUGAGUCUAUGUAACUGAAUGGAGAUUAAAAAUGCUUUAUUUCAAAAAGAUAGGAAGAAAUAAGUAUAGAAUUUUUUUAAGGCUUGGUUGCUUUCAGGGCUGGUACUGUUUCUAAAGAAUGCUGGGGAUUUGCAGGCAAAGCUCCUUUGUGUAUCAAAGAGUGAAAAUUGUUGGUAAAAAUACAAUAGUUUCAGAACAUUUGUAUAUCAGAUACAUGCAUAUAAAUAUAGAGAAAUUGUGACUUGAAGACUGAAUUUCUACAGAUGUGGAAGCAGUCUUUGAGUACUUUGCUUAGAAACUGAGAAUGAAUGAGUGAUCAAGGAUCAUCUGGAGGCGAAAACAAACUUAGAAGUGAAAGAUUCAUUACAUAUAAAUUAAUACAAUUUGAUACACCAUUUAUCUUUUUUUUUUCUUUUUCAUGUAUCUUAACUGAAAGGUGUGCUAUAAGACUCAUGGCCUAUAACUGGAAAUUUCCAUUAACUUUAUAGGCUUCUUUUAUAGUCUCAUGAUGGGCCUCCUAUGAUGUAUAUUAAGGAUUGAGUCAUACUGUAAGCCCUGGUUACAUUAUACAAAGAUCUGUAAGCUCCAAACACCCAUGAUACAUCAUGAUGUAAUUUGGUCAAGACAAACUGUGAAAUUGUUUUCAGCAAGCAAUAAACAAUUACCUGUGGA